GUCAUCGAAUGUGCUCGAAAAAUUGCAGUAAUAAGAAAUCAUCAAGUGGAAGCCGUGUUUCGACAGUUCAAAAACCAAAAAAAGUUAAAGUGUAUAAUAACGGAGAAGCUCAUUUAUAUCCAUUCAAUUUGAAUCCUAGAGAGUUUAAAGGAUGGACGGCCAUUUUGGAUCACAUGACGUCGAUAAUAAAACCACGGACGGGUGUAAUUGCAAAACUAAUUGCUCUUAGUAACAAAAAAGAAGUCCAAUGCUUCGACGAUUUAGAUCCGAAAGAGGCUUACGUAGCUUUAGGAAUCGGUCGCAAAUUCCAAACAGCUCCUGGUGGUUACGAAGUUACCUCACAUAGGGAUAUUUUGAAAAGGGAAAGCGGUUUAAAGAAACACUAUGAGGGUCAAGUGGAUCCAAGCAUUUUACCGAUGCUCAAAGAAACCGAAAAGAAGCAUUUGACAGUAGCGUAUUUUUUGGUUAAUGGAAGAAAUAAACAAUGCGGCCUCAAAAUUAUACUCAGUAGAUGCGAUCUCAAACGUCAAGUGAUAACCAAAAAUUACCUUGGCAAAAUUUUGGACGUUCCGGAUGGUAUCCAAGACAUAGCCACGAUUUUCGGAGAUAUCUUGGCUGAUUUAAGAGAAAUACAGCACGGUUUUCCUUACGUAGUAUUACCUUAUAACAAACCGUUUGUAGACAUAGAUUAUUUAAAAUUUUUCAGUAAAAAGAGUGGAUGUAAACCGGUGUUGAAGUUUAAUAUUCGUCCAUUUGGAAGCGAAAAUGAUUCUUCGAAAGGCAGUUCAUGUAAAUGUGCAUCAAAAUCGCAAAUUUCUUUACGAGCAGGAAGCAACGAGAAACAACCUACUAUUGAUGUUCGAGGAUGUCCACCAAUGAUAGUUAUCAAUCCAUGUCAGUGUGAACCUACGUAAAAAAUGAAGAAAAUCUGAUUUUUUAUUUAUUACUGUUGUAACUGUAUACAUAGGAAUUGAAACUUUAUUUUCUCUAAAUAAUUUCAAAAAUAUUAUAUAUCUGCUGUUGCUUGUAAAUCAAGAAAAGUAAUAUUUUCCAAAAUUUAGAAAAUCAUGGAAGUAUUUAAAAAAAAAUCGUUUUUUAUCAAUUAAAAAUACAGUGCGCUUCAAAAAAAUUUACACCAUAUUUAAAACAAUAAUCUGAAAUUAUUUGCAAAAUGUGCAAAAAUUUUUUAUUACCAAUUUCUUAAAGAAAAUCACGUAAUGAUUAAAAAAACAAAAUAUCUUAAAUUUAAUUUGAUUUAAUUGAUUUAUAUAAAAAUAAAGUAGGGU